UUCGCUAUCUCUUAAACCGCAAGGUCGAAAGAAUUUACGAUUAAUGCGAAAUUAAUCAAUUCUAUAGCAUUAAUGUGAGAAAUUAUCAGUAGGUUAUUAAUAAAUAAACAUUCGAAACAACUUAUCUGCACUGCUACGCCUCUUGUACAAGAUAUAUUCGAUUUAAUUUAGUUCAUUCAUAGAUUCUGUAUCGUGUGCACGUAUUUCAAUACUUGCGUGGUGAAUGUGAUAAGUAAUUUAUAUAUUUGCGAUCGUUAGAAGGAUAAAGUGUAUAGAAUGUCAGUGCUAAACAACUUUACAGUGUCAAUAGCCAAGGGGAUAAGGCGACUACGCCAGAACAAAGAGUUAUGCGAUCGGCUGUCAGGUCGAAGGCAACACGGUAUCAACGAACCCCGCCUCAAGCUAGACAAGUGUUUAAUCGUCUCCAAGGUCACCAGAUACGAAUAUGAAAAACACAGCCACGACAACAUCGCAGACGCAGACCUAGAGAAGAUAUUAAGAAAGAGAGGGUCCGAUUAUGAUGCAAUGAUCUCUAAUCAUAGGGAGCAGAAGUCCUUCGAAGAGGGAGUCGCGAGGAGUCUUAAGGAAAUGGGUCUACAAGUUGAAAUGGCAAGCAGGUUGACGUACAAUGAUAAAUUAAUAAAUUGGUGUGACGUGGUGGUGCCAUGCGGCGGUGAUGGCACGUUCCUAUUGGCCGCGUCGAGAGUUCGGGAUGCUAACAAACCAGUGAUAGGAUUCAACAGCGCCCCACACAAGUCGGUCGGACGGCUUUGCUUACCCACGUGGUGUUCGAACGACGUGAAGGGUGCGUUGCUGGCUUUGAAAGAGGGUAGAUUCAGAUGGAUGCGGCGCUCCAGGAUAAGAACCACCAUCACCUGCGAGCCCAAGCUGCUGGACACCAUCACACCAGUCGACUUGCACACGUUACAUUAUUGCAGAUAUCCUCCAGUAAGAAACCCGCUCGACAGUCAAGAAACAUCUACGACAAAACCAAACAGUUUCAACGCAGGCGACUCUAAUCCUACAUUGGCAACAAAAGUUUUACCUUUUUUGGCUUUAAAUGAGGUGUUCAUAGGCGAAAGUGUUACAUCACGCGUGUCGUUAUUGCGGCUACAAAUCGACAAUGGGAAAUGGACACACACAAAGAGCUCCGGGUUGUGUGUGACCACGGGCACCGGCAGCACUUCGUGGCAUUAUAGUAUUAAUUGUCUCCGAACGCACUCAGUUCUGGAGCUGAUGAAGAUCCUUGGUGAGGAUUACAAUAUGAAGAUGGACACUACACUGGAGAAGGCGAGAGAGGUUGCCGAGAAAUAUAAUCAGAAGUUGAUGUUUCCUGCAGAUUCAGAAUACUUAGCCUACUCGGUGCGUGAAUACAUAACGUUCGAGGAGUGGCCGACGCCGCGCGGGCUACGUGUCCGCGACAGAGCCGGCGCCGUGAGAGUGCGAUCUCAUUGCACUGACGCUGGUCUCGUAGUAGACGGCAGUGUAUCCUUCCCAUUCAACGACGGCACCGAAGCACUUCUGGAGAUCCACCCGGAGGAUUCACUCAUGACCGUACAAAUGGACGAUGCUUUACCAUAUUGACAUAGCAUUAUUUCAAUUGGAUAUGCUUUUAAAAGUACCCAGUGCCUAACAAGAUAAUUGCCAUUUUCUAGCAGGAAGAAACGACAAGAAACUCUGUGGCCUCUUCUCAAAAAUGCGUGAAUUUAAUUAAAUGGGGACAGACCAUCCCUCAAAGAAAGAAAGCGUAGACUAACUGGGCUGCUCAAAUGCAAAUCGGUGGGCUAAUCUUUUUAUAUUUAUUCAUGUUAAAUGUCAUUACAGAACCGAUAAAAUAAAAAUGGGUGUAUCCCAGUUCUGAUAUCUAAAACAAUAUCUUAAUAUACGAGGUAUUCACAUUGUUAUUUAGGUUUGUCGCUGCUCGCACAAUCGCAAUACUUGACCGGGCUGAAGUUGUUUCUCUCACAAUGUAUGUAUUAUAUAUCGUCAGUGGUUUUUUAUCUCAACAUCGACAGCCCCCUUUAAUUUAUCAGAUCUACAGUAACUCUGAGCAAUAUUCAAAAUAAAUGAAGUUUACUUCACCAGUUAUACAAAUUAAAUUAUUUUUGAAGUUAUACUUCUUUUGGCGCGUUAGGGAAAAAUGAUGAGAGUAAAUUUUUACGAUGCGUCACAAAA